AUGGAAGAAAAUUUAUUAAAUGAAAUCGAAAAUUUUACAUCUAUUAAAUAUCUUGAUGAUGUGACUAAUAAUGAUCAUUAUUGUAAUGAUGAUGAACAAGAUAAUUCACUUGUUCAUCAAUUAGCUAUUAAAGAUAAACAAUUAAUAUUAGCAGCUAAAUGUGGCAAAGUUUUAUUAGAACAAAAAGAUGAACUUGAACGACAAAUAGACAUAAUCAAUCGAGAUUAUCAACAACGAAUUGAUGUACUUGAACAAGAACGACAUGAAUUACGUUUACUUGUUGAACAAGUUCAAAGUGAAUGUGAAACAAAAAUAAUCGAAUUAAAUGAAGAUAAAUGUGAAAUGCGCCGUCAAUUAGAUGAUUUACGUCGUGAACAACGAGUACAUGAUGAACAACAAACACAAAUAAUACAAGAAUUAACGGAAAUUAAUUAUAAACUUACACAAGAUUUACAAAUUAGUCGUACAACUGAGUCAAGAUUACAAGAACAAUUGAGAUUAUUACGACAACAUUCUGAUACCGUAUGUCAAACAAAUACAGAACAAAUACAUGAAUUGUCUGCGAUAAAACAGCAGUUUGAAAAUCUUCAUUGUCAACAAAUUCAACUUGAACUUGAUCAUCAUUUAUUACUCGAUGAACGUGAUACAUUAGCGCAUAAACUUGAUGAAUGUCAACGAAAAUAUAUUUCAAUUGAAGAUGAAUAUCGUUCUUUACAAGCAACAAAAUUUCAAAAUGAAAAAGAAUUAAAUGAUGCACAUGACUUAAUCCAUCGUCUAUCACAAUAUGGUCCAGAUAAUCAUGUGCCACCAUCUUUUAUGCAAGAAUUACAUGAAGAUUUCGGUAUAUAUCCUGAUGGGAACACACGUUUUAACUCAACUAUUAUUGAUGAAGAUAAUAAUACAGAAGAUUGUCAGAUGGAAGAAGAUGAUGAUGAUGGUGUUGAAAUAUCACAAACACAUAGUAGUUCAUUCAUCAAUGAAAAAUGUCUUUUAGAUGAACUUCUACAAACCGAAGAGUUUAAACGUGAAAUAGUUCUUGUCUAUAAACAAUUACGUUCUCUUUGUUUGGAAUUAAUUUAUAUUCAUACACAUACAUAUUCAAAUGAUAAUUCAAUAUCAUCAUCAUCAAUAAGUGAUACAGUUGAUAAAGUUUAUGAUCGUCUACAAAAUGGUUGUCUUAUAAGUAUAUUAUUUGAAUUAAAAAAUUUAAUUAAAGAUAUGAUUGAAAAUGAAGAUUUAUCUGUAUAUAAAAAUGAAAAUAAUAUUUUACCAAAUUCUAAUACAAUUUUACCAUCACCAUCAAUAGCAACUAUAAAUAGUUAUACAUCAGCUUAUGAUGAUAUUAAUUUAAUACUAAUACCAUCAUCUCCGCCUAUACUUGAUGUUGGUAUAACAACAGGUUUAUAUGAAUCACCUAAACGUAUACUUGUUGUUUGUUCAAGUCAUUCACGAGGUUUAUAUUUAAGUGAAUUUGCUGAACCAUAUAAUAUAUUACGAAGAAAAUUUCAAGGAAAAGAAGGGAUUGAAUUCGUUCUUGCAUCACCAAAAGGAGGAUCGAUACCGAUUGAUCCAGCAUCACAUCCUCGUACAAAUACACAACGUGAUGAAUGGUCAUCAGCUAUACGUCUUUUAUCUCAAUCAACACAUCCUUUUUUAGAUACUCAACAUGCACAUGAUUAUGAUGCAGUCUUUUUACCAGGUGGACAUGCUCCAAUGUUUGAUUUAGCUGAUCAUUCUCAUUUAAAACAAUUAUUAACUGAUUUUGAUCAACAAAUGAAACCUAUUGCUGCUAUUUGUCAUGGUGUCGUUGGUUUAGUAAAUGUUCGACGAAAUAAUGAUGAACAUUCAUUUAUUCAUGGAAGAAUUCUAACAGGAUUUUCAUUAGAUGAAGAAUUAUUAUCAUCAAGUGGACAAGAUGAAAAUUUUGUCACGAAAAAUCCAUUUAUUUUAGAAACAAAACUUAAAGAUCAAGGAGCAAUAUAUAUCAAAACAAGACCAAAUAAAGAACAUAUUGUACAAGAUGGACUUUUAUUAACAGGACAAAAUCCAGCGAGUGCAAAACAAUUAGCUCAUCGUUUAGGUGAAUUAAUUGAUCAAUGUGCUUCUCAAGAUUAUCAACAAGUCAAUUUAACAUCAUCUUUACCAAAAACUUUGAUAACAUGUCAUGUUGCAUUAACAAAUAAUAAUUCACAAUUAUUAUCUCGUUUAAAACUAGCUCAUUUAGAAUAUAUUCAACGACAUCAACAUUUAAUUAUUUUUAGUGGAUCAACAUUAUUUACAGAGUCAUCUAAUGUAACUCAACAAGAUUCAUCAACAAUGGUUAUUUUAUUAGCAACAAGUGAUCUUCGACAAGCUCAAAAUUUUAUUGAGCAUGAACCUUAUACAGCAUCCAAACAAAUAUUUGAUAUAACUCAUAUAAAACCUUUCAAACAAUUAUUACCAAGUGGAAAUAAUCAAUAUUUAUUGAAUUAUCAUGUACAACAAGAACAAUUGAAAGAACAACAACAACAACUUCCACUUUAUUAA